AACGCCCCAGGGCGGGGCUACGGAAGCUGGCGAGGUCCAGCCCCGCCUGGGGCCUCCGGACGUUGCUCCCUGAACCCUCGGAGGUGGCGGUGGAUCUUACUCCUUCCAGCCAGUGAGGAUCCAGCAAUCUUCUCCGUGCCUCCCCCCGCGCCUGUUGGUUGGAAGUGACAACCUUGAAGAUCGGCCGGUUGGAAGUGAAGACCUUGAAGAUCGGCGGGCGCAGCGGGGCCGAGGGGGCGGGUCUGGCACUAGGUCCCGCCCCUGCACGCCAGGAACCCCAGAGGAAGUCGCAGUUCAGCCCAGCUGAGUCCUGUCUGCAGAAUCCACACCAACCAGCAUCAUGUCCAUGACACUGGGGUACUGGGACAUCCGCGGGCUGGCCCACGCCAUCCGCCUGCUCCUGGAAUACACAGACUCAAGCUAUGAGGAAAAGAAGUACACAAUGGGGGACGCUCCUGACUAUGACAGAAGCCAGUGGCUGAAUGAAAAAUUCAAGCUGGGCCUGGACUUUCCCAAUCUGCCCUACUUGAUUGAUGGGACUCACAAGAUCACCCAGAGCAACGCCAUCCUGCGCUACAUUGCCCGCAAGCACAACCUGUGUGGGGAGACAGAAGAGGAGAAGAUUCGUGUGGACAUUUUGGAGAACCAGGCUAUGGACGUCUCCAAUCAGCUGGCCAGAGUCUGCUACAGCCCUGAUUUUGAGAAACUGAAGCCAGAAUACUUGGAGGGACUUCCUACAAUGAUGCAGCACUUCUCACAGUUCCUGGGGAAGAGGCCAUGGUUUGUUGGAGACAAGAUCACCUUUGUAGAUUUCCUCGCCUAUGAUGUCCUUGAUCUCCACCGUAUAUUUGAGCCAAAGUGCUUGGACGCCUUCCCAAAUCUGAAGGACUUCAUCUCCCACUUUGAGUGUUCCCCCUGUGAGAUGAGGAGCACACUGAUUUUACUCCUAUUCACCGACCUUCUCCUCUGCAUGAGGCAGGGUGUGAGGCACAGUGGGAGAUGCAUAGAUGACCGCCCCAUCCUGGAAAAGAGUGCAGCGAGAGGCCUGCAGUGCAGGCAGAGCAGCCUGUGAGGGCUUGGAGAAGAUCUCUGCCUACAUGAAGUCCAGCCGCUUCCUCCCAAAACCUCUGUACACAAGGGUGGCUGUCUGGGGCAACAAGUAAUGCCUUGAAGGCCAGGAGGUGGGAGUGAGGAGCCCAUACUCAGCCCUCUGCCCAGGCUGUGGAGUGAAGCUGGACUGUGCAUCCCAGCACCUGGCUCCUUGUCCUUUUCUCCUGUUUAUUCCCAUCUUUACCCCCGAGACUUUAUUGGACUUCCUCACUUCCCCUAAACCCCUGUCCCAUGCAGGCCCUUUAAAGCCUCAGUUACCCACUUUCCUUCAUGAAGAUCACCCUCCCAACAUUACCCUUCCCUGCACUAAAGCCAGCCUGACCUUCCUUCCUGUUAGUGGUUGUGUCUGCUUUGAGGGGCCUACCUAGCCCCUCGCCUGUGGAGCUCAGCCCCGAGCUGUCCCCGUGCUGCAUGAAAGAGCAGCAUUGACUGGUUUACAGGCCCUGCUCCUGCAGCAUGGCCCCUGCCUUAGGCCUUCCUGAUCAAAAUAAAGCCUCAAUCACACUUGCUAUA